GGGCGGUCACUUCGCAGCCUAUCGCGUUCAAGGGAAAUAACUCCAUACGCUUGAUGGUCAAGCUGUGCGAACGACUUAUUAGUUUCAUUUUUCUGGUUAAAUCAUGCGCUCACCAGCCUGUUGCAGCUUCUGAAUUUAGUACACCAAGAUAAUAUAAUUAUAAGCUGAAAAAUCUACAUCUUUGCGAAGAUGGCGUCCAGAGGAAAAGGGGUUCCGCGAGGUGGUGCGAAGUUUGGUAUUCAAAAACCGCUAGAAAACUCCAACAAAAUACACGAUUCCAUUUUGAAACAAGCUCGUCAAAGCGGCCAACUGAAUCUUUCUGGCCGCAACCUGACAGAAGUACCUGAGAAUGUGUGGCGAAUCAACACUGAUAUACCAGAAGAGACACGCAGUGUGUCCCUUGAUAAUACCGAAGAACGUUGGUGGGAGCAGACAGAGCUUACAAAACUGAUCUUGGCAUCCAACAUGCUCAAAGGACUAGGAGAAGGGCUAUCUCAGCUUUCAGCUCUUACUGUUCUUGAUGUUCAUGACAACCAGUUGACAUUGCUGCCAGAUGCACUGGGCACCCUAGAGAAUCUACAAAAACUCAAUGUAAGUCGCAACCAGCUUCAGGAACUUCCAGCAUGUUUGGGUUAUCUUCACAGUUUAGUCAGUCUUCAUGUAGAGCAGAAUAAACUGCAGCAGCUUUGUCCUGAGAUAGCUCAUCUUACAAAACUGGAAGAACUGGAUGUGUCUCACAAUGCUAUUCAAGCAUUGCCCCAAAAUAUUGGCCAUCUGUCUCAUCUUGUGCGACUGAAUGUAUCCUACAAUCAGCUGUCUGUUCUGCCUGCAGAGAUAGGAAGUAUAGAUGGUUUGCAUUACUUUGAUGCCACCCACAACGAGCUUGUGAGGCUUCCAGAAGAAUUUGGCUGUCUCAGAAAACUGGAACAGUUGUACUUAAGGCACAAUUGUUUAGCUUACCUUCCUGUUCUACACAGCUGCAUCAGUCUGAAGGAGCUUCACUUGGGCAACAAUUCCAUCAUGGGCAUCAGUCCUGAACACUUACAACACUUGACCUCAAUCACAUUCCUGGACCUGCGUGACAACAAGAUAGCUAAACUGCCUGAUGAGAUCAGUUUGCUGCAAGGUCUAGAGAGGCUAGAUCUCAGCAACAAUGACCUUUCUGCGUUGCCUUAUUCUUUGGGAACAAUCUCCUCCCUGAAGUCAGUCGUCUUAGAUGGAAAUCCCCUCAGGUCAAUUCGAAGGGACAUCAUAAUGCGUGGUACUGUAGAGCUCAAGAAGUAUCUAAAAAGCCGGAUUGAAGAACAUGAGGUUCCCUCUUCGACCAGAUCAUCAGCUAGAGAAUCCAUACUCCCCAUGGCCUCUGGGGACAGUGCACUAAGUCAUGAGAUGCAGCAGUCCAAAAUAUUAGACUUCAGCAACCAGAAAGCAAAUGAUGUACCGUCUGACAUGUGGGACAAAGCAAAGCAAGCUGCAGUGACUGUGGUUAACCUGAGCAAGAACCAACUGACGGAGCUGCCAAGCAAUUUGACAGUUUUGAAAGCAUCUGUCACUGAGCUGAAUUUGGGCUUCAACAAGAUUGCCUCCCUGAAACCAGACAUUGGCCUUUUCCUCAAACUGGUUUUCUUGGACUUGAGGAAUAAUGGUCUGUACACUCCAUCAGAAAUCAGCCUGCUGCAAGCAUUGAGGGAAGUCACUUUAUCCUAUAACAGGUUCACAGAAAUUCCUCCUGUACUGUACCCGCUCAAGAAACUGGAGAUUCUGUUCCUGAAUGACAACAAGAUUAAUGAUAUUGAUGCUGUGGGGUUACAGCAAAUGCCAGUUUUGGCCACACUUGAUUUGCAGAACAAUAAUAUAAGCCAAGUACCUCCAGAGCUUGGAAAAUGCGCUUCCCUCAGGAGUUUGCAAAUAAGUGGAAACCCCUUCCGCAAUCCACGACCAGCCAUCCUUGCUAAGGGAACACAAGCACUUUUAGAGUAUCUCCGAAGUCGGAUUGUAAACUAGCUUCAAGUGCAGAGUGAAAUAUUGGAAAUCUGGG